AGGAGAUGGAGUCGCGGAGAAAUCAGUCCGUGACACACGGGGUCACGGUCUACCGCCAUUCUUUCCAAAGUACCAUUCGCUUGUUACUAAGGGGCUUGGCGCUGCUCUAUGUCGGCGUGAUUCGUCAGCAUGGAGGAAACCUCGAUGCAUGAGUGGGCAGUGUCAUGAAAGUGACAUCGCCAUAUAUAUUCCUGCAUCUGGAAGCGGCAAGACUCAAAGGCGACCCUGCAGCUGUGACAACGUGGCAGCUGGUCUGUUUGUUUGGGAGAAAUGGUGAAAGAAGACAGCGGCCUGGACUGUACAGACAUGUAGUGGACUUGCAAAGUGUAUUGAAGGAGGAAGAGGACCUCUGUCUACCUAAAGAAUCUUUUCAACACUGGUGGAAACUUCGAGGCAAGAUGGUCCACGGAAAUUCAUCUGAUUCGAUCUUCCCCUGCAAUUUCACACUGCAAUUGCAGCAUAUGCAAGGCGAUGCAAGGCGAUACAAAUGCAUGCAAUUGCGACUCAAUGAAAAAGAGAUAACAAAGGUCUUCGAAUCACAUGGUCCCAAGUCACUGUCGCAACAAAUGGCCUUCCUGCUGCUGCGGCGGAAGACAUUCGUACGGUGGCAUCAUAUCAGCAGCUCAUCAAAAUUCUGCAGCGUCAAACAAACUCUUCCAUUUUUCCCCUUCGCACUCAGUCCAAUGAACAACAUUGUAAAUGGCUCUUCGAUUGAGAGUGGGUCGUCUCUGGCGUUACAAGUGGCUCAAGUACGUCUAUGUUUCACUGGUCGUGGUUGGGUUGUUCCUUUGUGGCUGGGGUCUUCUACCUGGGGCACCAUUGCAACUGCCAAGCUUAACCACAUCUGGAGUCCUGUCAACAAUUUCUGAUCCGCCAAUCUUGUCUGCCAUGAAUUAUCGCAAUCUUUCAUCGAUUGCUACUAUGGUUGGAGUGCCAAUCGAAGUACUCCAUUCAAUCAUGCAAAUAAACGACUGGACGCCGAAGACAAUGUCGCAAUCGGAAGUGCCGCACGAGAAUCCCAAAGACACUUCUGAAACAGAUCGUAGAUCCUCAAACAAGCAGAAACGCGUUUUGACAAGUGAUGACGAUGAUGUUGAAGAUGACGAGAGUUAUGGCAAUGUGCUUGAAAUGCACUGUCCCCAGGGUUUCGAGGUAGUGGCCUCCAGGUGUGGUGGGAUUUAG